GAUGUGUGCGUUUUCCGCCGGUGGUAGAAUUUCAUAAAAUUGUUAUUUAUAAAGAAAUAUGUUAAUAUGAAUACUAUUUUAAGGAGGUUGGCACUUCCGAUAAGUAAAGUAUGCUGCUGGAAGCAGUCAUGGGUCGAGGGAGCUACAUACAGCCAGCUUUUAAGCAAUCACAGGCAGCAAGUUUUCAACCAAAAGAGAUUGUUAAGCGAAGAAUCAUUUGAAAGUGAAUUGGAAGAGCUCAAAUACCAGCAACUUCCUGAGCAGGAAUUACCAGAACCGUCAUCAUCAAACGUCCACCCAAUUAUGAAUUUUGCAGUUGUGGGAUAUGAUUGUACAGUUGUUGAACAUUAUGCACAGUAUGUGCACAACUUGGCAAACCACAUGGGCAUCGAUGUCUUUGACAUGUAUGCACUACCAGGCAAAACAACAUUGAUCCACACUAAAAGAAAACAAGGAAUUUCUGACAACCUCAAACCAAAAGAUUUUCAACUGAAAGAACAUGAGCGAAUCAUACAGGUUCAAGAUUUGUCAUCAACCGUUGCACCACUCUUCAUAGAAGUCUUACUACAGUCCAUACCACAGGGAUUGUUGCUAGAUAUAAAACCGCACACACAAGAGCAAUACCAAUCACGAUUCAUAAAGAAGGAAGUACCAGAUGAUGUCUGACAUGGUUCCUGCCAUCAGAAUUAGAACUAGCAUUGAAGAAACCUGACAACACAACAUAAACCAGUUACUCUUUUUGUUGGCAGCACACACAAGAGCAAUACCAAUCACGAUUCAUAAAGAAUGAAGUGCCAGAUGAUGUUCCUUCCAUCAAAAUUAGAACUAGCCAUUGAAGAAACCUGACAACACAACAUACACCAGUUACUCUUUUUGUUGGCAGCACACACAAGAGCAAUAACAAUCACGAUUCAUAAAGAAGGAAGUGCCAGAUGAUGUCUGACAUGGUUCCUGCUAUCAGAAUUAGAACAAGCCAUUGAAGAAACCUGACAACACAACAUACACCAGUUCACACACAAGAGCAUUGCCAAUCAGGAUUGGUACAGAACGAGGUACUAGAUGAUGCCAGACAUGGUUCCUGCUAUCAGGAUUAAAACAAGCCACAGAAGCUACCUGACAUCGUCACAUACAACCAGUCUACGACAAGAGAAUUGAAGUAACUAGAUGAUGCCAGACAUGGUUUCUGUCAUUUUAACAUACACCAGUCCAAGACGUUUAUCUUUGUGCCUCAGAGGUUAAUGGUGUGCGGCACGUGUAAGAGGCUUCCAAGUCUUAUGCUGUUCCUCUUUCUGAGUUUUUUAUAUUUUAUUUCAGGGGUUGAGUGUGUGGAUGGGACUUAAUUACUGUACUCCUAUUCAACCAGUUUUUUUUUUCUGUUGUAGCUACAAUAUUAUAUAAAAUAUAAUUAUUGUAUAUUCUGAUGCGAUUCCUAGAAAAAACAAUAAAAUAAACAAACAAUUAUAAAUGUAUUGCCUGUAACCCAUUUAAUUCAGGUGACGUCCAUGAAUACGAAUUGGUGCUUAAUUGUGCCAAGGAAGUUAAUACCUCCUUGAUGGUACCAUGUAAUUAUUAUUUGUUCCAUGAUUUAUCUUAAUAAAAUGAGAUUUAUUAAAAUAUUCAGUUUAUUA